UGUGCCUCUUAAUUCAUGAGCCAUGAGAGUCUCCAGUGAGAUAGCAACACAUAGCAACAGGCUCUUAAGGUGGGAACAGUGGUCCUCAGGCCUGAAUGGGCCCCAGUCACUUGGGGAGCCUGUUUAUCCAUGCAGAUUUCCAGGGCUGCCUGAAAGUUGGACUUGAAGUUGCUGAGAUCUUCAUUAAGCUGGGAAAAGGGGUGGGGGAAUUUUUUUUUUUUUUUUUUUUUGGCCAUGCCCUGGGAUCUUAGUUCCCUGGCUGGAAAUUGAACUUGCACCCUCGGCAGUGAAAGCAUGGGGAUUCCUAACUAUUGGACCACAAGGGAAUUCCCAAGUAAUCUUUAUUAUUAAAAAGUUCAGCAAACAAUCUGCUUUUGGUACAGGUGACCUGCAGGCCCUGCAUUCGGUGAGGGAUUGGCUUCCAGGGCCUCGAAGGCAGUAGGUGAUAUGGGGAGGGUGAACCUGGCCGACCACCACCCUCAUUUACUGUCUGAUCUGCGGUGAGCUGCAUCCUCACAGAGUAUGUCUUCGUCUCUAACACCAUGAAGUCAUGUGGGUUCAAAGACAUGGACCAAAGGUUUUGCACAGUGCACCAUUUACUGACCUCUGACUCAACACAGAAGAGAUUAUUAGUGUAAAUGCCCAGAAGAGGGAAAUAAUACCAAUGAACAUUUUUUGAGUGUUUACUGUGUAUAAUCCCCUGUUAAAUCCUGUUUGUAGGUUAUCUUGAUGAAAUUUUACAACACCCCAAGUAUGUGCUAUUAAGGCCAUUCUUACCAGUGAACUGACUCUGCCAGUGACUCGGCCAAUGUUGAGUAACUUGCCCAAGGUCACACGGCUAAUGAGAACAAAUGUGUAACUAUUCCUAUUCAGAGACUGAGGAAAGGCGGGAGUGGCAAGGGGAAGAAGCAGAUUGUUGAGGGAGCAGCUCAGGAAAAGCAAUCUACCCCAGUGCCCACUAGGUAUCCGGGGCCGGUCAGCAUCCUGGACAGCUCUUGUGGGGGCAGGCCUGGCUCUCUCCUCGGGGAGAUGCACUGGGAGGACUCUCCCACCUAGUGAGUUGGAGUUCGGAUCUGUGUAAGGUUCCUGGCCUAUUGGAGGCUGCUCCAAUGGAGUGGGGGCCCCCCGCGGGCCGGGCGGGGUUGCAUUGCCAUCUGGAGCCGCUGUGCGGCCGGCCACAGUGAAGGCGCGAGCAGCCAGAGCGCAAGCAGGGCUGGAGGGAGCGCAGCCUCCGCCACCACCGCCGCGGCGGCACAUGGGCCGGGCCCCGCCGCCGCCGCCCCUAGCAGCCCCCGUCUCGCAGCCUCCCGCAGCUCCGGCCACCCGACCAGCCAUGUCUUUCUGCGGAGCCUCCGAGCGCAGCGUCCCAGCCACCAAGAUUGAAAUUACCGUGUCCUGCCGAAACCUGCUGGACCUCGACACCUUCUCCAAGUCCGACCCCAUGGUGGUGCUUUACACGCAGAGCCGGGCCAGCCAGGAGUGGCGGGAGUUCGGACGGACCGAGGUGAUCGACAACACACUGAACCCAGACUUCGUGCGCAAAUUCGUCCUGGACUACUUCUUUGAGGAAAAGCAAAACCUGCGCUUCGAUGUGUACAACGUCGACUCCAAAACCAACAUCUCCAAACCGAAGGAUUUCCUGGGCCAAGCGUUCCUGGCCCUGGGAGAGGUGAUCGGAGGCCAGGGCAGCCGAGUUGAGCGACCCCUCAUGGGUGUACCAGGCAAGAAGUGUGGGACCAUAUUGCUGACUGCAGAGGAGCUUAGCAAUUGUCGGGAUAUUGCCACCAUGCAGCUGUGUGCAAACAAGCUGGACAAGAAGGACUUCUUUGGAAAAUCAGACCCCUUCCUCGUGUUCUACAGGAGCAAUGAGGAUGGCACGUUCACCAUCUGCCACAAGACAGAGGUUGUGAAAAACACACUGAAUCCUGUAUGGCAGCCCUUCAGCAUCCCUGUGCGGGCCUUGUGCAAUGGAGACUAUGACAGAACGGUGAAGAUUGACGUGUACGACUGGGACCGGGAUGGAAGCCACGACUUCAUCGGUGAGUUCACCACCAGCUACCGAGAGCUGAGCAAGGCCCAGAACCAGUUCACAGUGUAUGAGGUACUUAACCCUCGGAAGAAAUGUAAGAAGAAGAAAUACGUCAACUCGGGAACUGUGACACUGCUCUCCUUUUCUGUGGACUCUGAAUUCACUUUUGUCGAUUACAUCAAGGGAGGGACACAGCUGAACUUCACAGUAGCCAUUGACUUCACAGCUUCCAAUGGGAAUCCCCUGCAGCCCACCUCCCUGCACUACAUGAGUCCUUAUCAGCUCAGCGCCUAUGCCAUGGCCCUCAAGGCAGUGGGAGAAAUCAUCCAGGACUAUGACAGUGACAAGCUCUUCCCAGCUUAUGGCUUUGGCGCCAAGCUCCCUCCAGAGGGACGGAUCUCCCACCAGUUCCCCCUGAACAACAAUGAUGAGGACCCCAACUGCGCGGGCAUUGAGGGUGUGUUGGAGAGCUACUUCCAGAGCCUGCGCACAGUGCAGCUCUACGGGCCCACCUACUUCGCCCCUGUCAUCAACCAGGUGGCCAGCCUCUCCCCCAGGGCUGCAGCCAAGAUCUCUGAUGGUUCUCAGUACUACGUUCUGCUCAUCAUCACUGAUGGGGUCAUCUCUGACAUGACACAGACAAAGGAGGCCAUUGUCAGUGCCUCAUCGCUGCCCAUGUCUAUCAUUAUUGUCGGUGUGGGACCAGCCAUGUUUGAAGCUAUGGAAGAGCUGGACGGUGAUGAUGUGCGCGUGUCCUCUCGGGGACGCUAUGCCGAGCGCGACAUCGUUCAGUUCGUCCCAUUCCGAGACUAUGUGGACCAGUCGGGGAACCAGGUGCUGAGCAUGGCCCGACUUGCCAAGGAUGUGCUGGCGGAGAUCCCAGAGCAGCUACUGUCCUAUAUGCGCACCAGGGACAUCCAGCCUCGCCCGCCACCCCCUGCCACCCCCAGCCCAACGCCAGCUCCAGAGCAUCCCUAAAUAGCCCACCUAACCAAUGCCCAGCAGUCUGCCCGCCUGCCCACCCAUUGCUUCUGCUCAAAAUCAGAGGCACCUUGAACCUUGGACCUCAUUGGGAGGGCAGCUUGGAGGAUCAGUAUUGGCUGGUCGAGCCCUCUGCCCCAUCACCCACAGAAGGGCCUGGCACUGUCACCACCUCCCUGCCUUCUUGCCAAUAAUAAAGCUGAUCUUUACUUCA